AUGGAUAAAGACAUGAGAAGCAGCAUAAGGUAUGCCAAUACUGCCAGGGACAUUUGGGAGGACCUUGAAGAGAGAUUUGGAAAAGGGAGUGCACCUAGAGCUUUUGAAAUUAGGCGAUCAGUUGUCUUCUUGAAACAAGAAAAGGCUUCCGUAUCAUCUUACUAUGCAAAAUUGAAGAGCCUUUGGGAUGAGAUGAUGGACAUCUCGCCACUGCCAAGAUGUGAAGAAUUUUCUACUGUUAAGUCACAAAUUCUUAGUGCAAAACCAAUACCAAGUUUGGGUCGUGCAUAUCAUAUGGUUUCUGAAGAUGAGCAACAUAGACAAAUUUCGGCAGCACACAAACCAAUGGUUGAAGCUGCAGCAUUUCAAAUGCAAAAGGGAAGAAGGGACAUACCCAUAUGUGGUCAUUGCCAAAAGACAGGGCAUACAGAAGACCAAUGCUAUGAAAUAAUAGGUUAUCCUGCAGAUUGGCGAAAAGGUCCACGUGGCAAGAAAGGUUGGCAACAUGUAAACUAG